UGCAGUAUGUUGGCAUUAACAUUUUGUUUUGUCAUUGCUCACUAUACCUACUACCACCUCUGCCUUCACUCACACCCUCAACUACAUCACCCACAUGUCCCCUCCCACCCCCCCUCACUCACCCAGACUCGGACAGCCUCUCCAGCCCCACUCGCCACAGCCUUAGCCUGUCAGACGGGUCAGAGGACCAGUUGGACCGCCUCCAGCAGGUGGAACUGGCCAGAACCACACCUAUGUCCCAGUGGAGGGCGGGCACUGUGCAGGCCUGGCUGGAGGUUGUCAUGGCGAUGCCCAUGUACAUCCGCACCUGCUCAGAAAAUGUCAAGAGUGGAAAGGUUUUACUUGGGCUAACAGAUGAAGACCUGGAGCUGGGUUUAGGUGUGAGCAGCUUAAUGCAUCGCCGGAAACUUCGCUUGGCCAUUGAGGAUUACAGAGAUGCUGAGAAUGGUAGAGGGCUGUCCAAGGCUGCAGAUAUGGACCACCACUGGGUGGCCAAGGCCUGGUUAAGCGACAUGGGCCUGCCUCAGUAUUCCCAGGCCUUUCACAACCACUUGGUAGACGGUCGCAUGUUAAACUCCCUGACACGUCGUGACCUCGAACGUCACCUUAACAUCAGCAAGAAGUUCCAUCAGGUCAGCUUGCUGUUGGGCAUCGAACUGCUGCACUUACUCAAUUUCGACAAGGAGGCACUGCAGGCACGCCGGAUACAGAGUGAGCACCAGAACAUGGAUCCAUUAGUAUGGACCUCUCAUCGGGUCAUCAAAUGGAUCAAAGAUAUUGACCUGAAGGAGUUUGCAGAAAAUCUUCUAAAUAGCGGAGUUCACGGAGCUGUCAUGGUGCUUGACCCGACUUUUAACACUGACACCAUGGCAACAGCACUGGGGAUCCCCAACAACAAGCACAUGGUUCGUCGACACCUUGUUGAGGAGAUGAAAACCCUGAUUGCCUCGGCCAGGACGGAUGCCAAGCAGGACUAUGAGCGUCUAGGCCUGGGAACGCCACCCACCCUCCUUCGUCAGAAUUCCCUGGGCAGACCGCCUAGUUCUACUGGCCGACACACUGAUGACGAAGGAUCUCUGAGGAGGAGGGCUGUCAAGCCUCCAGCAGGGUUCAGCCCCAAAGCCCGCAGUGGGCGGGACUUGAGCUGCCACAGCAGCUAUGGCUCCCUGCCUCGGGAGGUUCGAGACCAGACACCGCCCAGAACUGAGGGAAGCCCGAUACGCGCUUACACCAGCAUUGAGGUCACAAAUGUGUGAGGUCAUCAGAGUUGCGACAAAAAACUAGACAUCAGCUUUGUCACAGCUAAAUCCACAUUAUGGACAUUUGUCUUCCAUGUGCACCUGAACAUGGGAUGGUUAUUUGUUCUAAAUGACCUUUUAGCCUUUAAAGGACAGAUUGCACUUUUUAAACAGGGCAGGAUUCUUUUUUACAAGUUUCCUGGUUUGAGAAAAACUCACUGUGGGAAGGUGCUAUUUUGAUGUUUUUGAGGACACAGUCAUUUCACUUCCACAACAUCAGAAUCACAAGAUGAAGGACUCAAGCUAAAUCAUUAUUUUUCUAUUUUGUGUGUGUACAUGGUUCUUUGUGAACCGAGAUGUGACUUGUUGUUGUUGAUUAGUUGCUAUUGACAGACAGUCUGUUUAUCUGAGUGAAAAAAAAGACUGUUUGUAAAAUACAGGGUACUUUAUGAGAAAAUGAAAAGAAGUCAACUCAAUGCAAUGUAAAUUGUUUGUUUUAUUCAAUUCUGCUGUUUGUGAUGCCUUGUCAAUGGACAAAAAAAAAAAGAUUAACUGGAUUUUAAAUUCUGGAGUUUAUGUUUAAUAGUCAUUUUCCAUCUUACACAUUUACACAGUUGUGUCUAACAAAUGUAGCAUCCUCUUCUGAUGUUUUAUACUGUGCAGUAAACAUGGAAAAAUAUUUGAACACUGUCAGCAAAAGACGACUCAUGAGCUGUUUGUCCAUGAAAAGCCUAAGGGCUGAGAAGCGUGAGGAUGCACAUAUGUGAAAAUAAAAUAGUUCCUUUUAAAGAAAUAAAGAUGACAUCUAAUUUUUGGUGG